AUGAUGUCCGAAGAAUUCGCUACUACAGAGGGAGUACGUCAAGGUGGAGGGCUUAGUCCCCUAUUGUUUAUAGUAUUUAUAUCUGAUCUGAUAAAACAAUGCAGGCAAAGAACAAAAUCAAUUUUUGUUGGGUACAGGAAAUUGCAGAAAGUGGAACUAGCGGAGUGCGCAUUUGCAGAUGACUUGGUGUUGAUAACUGGUAGUGUUGGGAGACUACAGGAAAAUUUAAACAUUUGGAAUAAAGUACUUGAAGAUAAUGGUAUGAAAUUAAAUAAACUUAAACCUAAACUUAUGGCUGUGUCAUAUGAAAAACUCAAUAUAGAUGUAAGAAUAGAUAAUGUAAAAUUACAACAGGUACACUCCCUUAAAUAUCUGGGAGCUAUAUUGGAACCUAACGACGGAAAUUAA